UAAAAAAAAAAAAAAGAAAGAAAAACAAUUUGUGAUAUAGUUUAUUUCAUCAGAGGGAAGUGACAUUAACUGGUUACAUUUAUAUUUCGAAAGGGAAUAACGAAAGUGUUUUUGCCCUGAAGGAACUUCGCACAGUUGUUUGGAAUUUAAUUAAUUUUUCCUUUUUUUUUACAACAGUCACAUGAAUCAUAGAUAAGAAAAUUGUAUCAGUUUUAGUUGUUAAAACAGAACAAGUAUAACAAUUUUUCAGGCGCAAGCGCUACGUGAUUCUUGGCUAUAACAGGGGGGUGCGGUUGUUACCAUGGAUCCCAGUAUACUCGCCAACAUGGAUAAGGACGCACUGAAGAAGCAAAUUGAGAACAUGAAAUAUCAAGCAACCAUGGAAAGAUGGCCCUUAUCAAAAAGUAUCGCAGCAAUGCGUGAGUACGUUGAAGAAAAUGAAAAAAAUGAUCCCUUGAUUCAUGCACCCGAUAAGAAGAACAAUCCUUGGGCCGAAAAGGGCAAGUGCAUAAUCAUGUAAAAUUUUUAAAGGACGAAGAAGAUGAAUUUCUCUACCUAUGGCCAGAGUCACACAGAAAAAUCUCGUUGAUCUUCCGGUGUCAUGACAUAUAACAUCGUAGAUUGACAAUUAAGAAAAAGAAGAAAAAAAACUCCCAGAGGAAAUAUUUCUCCUCUAGUUCGACGACCAAGUGCCAAAGAACGUAAACCAAAGAAUAUAUCGAAAAGAGAAGAAAAUAACUAUUACGACGUCGGAACUGUGUGGCUUCGACCUUUUUCGAUUUUGUACUUCCACCUUCUCAUUACCAUUAAAUCAAAUCUUUAAGUCACUUUACAUAAUCUACCUAAAAAAAAAGAGAAAAAAAAAUUGGUAGUUUAUGCGGAUAUGCUGCAAACAGUACCAUCAAUUUUUUGUUUCAUUUUCCAAAAAAAAAAAAUCAUUUCACGAAAAAAAAAACAAACGAUUUAACAACUUUUUAUAAUAAUUAUUGUGGUGUGCCACAAAAUUUCUCAUUAAAUGAAAAAUGUGAAUAUAUGAAGAUUCUUGCCGUCUUUUCGAGAAAAAAAAUUCCUUUUUAAAAUAAGGAAGCAAUUUGAGGGUAAAAACAAUUUUUGCCAGACCAAACUCUAUAUAAUCACUCCUUAGUUACGUUUCAAAGAAAUAACUCGUGAGAAAUACUUUUUUUCCAAAUGGAAACUUUUACAAUCUUUGUACAGAGAUAUAAAAAAUCCGCCUUAUAUAAUAUAUUAUAAUAUAAUUUGGCGUUAAUUUUUUUCUUCUUCAAAAGGGUUUAUAUGAAAAUAAAAAGAUUUAAAUUAAAAAAUUGUGAUAACUGUUUUUUUGAUUAAAAGCAUUCUUAUAUUUUGAAACGUGCAAAAAUUUAGAAAAAAAGUAAUAGGUACUGUUUUCUGCAACAAAAAAAAAAUUUGUUCAUUAUUUGAAAUCGCCACACCAUUUACCUGUCUACUUAUUUACUUAUUAAAAGAAGAAAAUUGUACUUAAUAGUUAGCAAAUAAUUUAAUGUAAUUAUUAAAAAAAAAAGAAGACAUUUAUUGUAAUUUUUGGGGAUAAAUGAGACUGCCCAAGCGAAUAAUAUAAUCAUUUUUUCCCAUUAAUUUAUUGCUAAAGCGAUAAUGCUUGAAACUGAUUUUCGAUAUUCAGAUAUACAUGUACGUCAUAAUCAAUAUAAGUUGUUUAUUCUAUGUAAUAUCAAACGAUUUCUUACGAAAAUACAAACGUCAUAAUAUUAAAAUUA